AGGGGAGUCGCUUCCCCUCACAGGGAUUGAGAGCAGAGGCCUCUCAGGAGGAGGAGCCAGUCACGGCUGGAGGCAGGCGGCGGCCAAACUCUCUCGCUGUCCGUGUCCGAGGAGCGAGGCGGCAGUGCGAGGAAAGUCAUUGAAACCGAGUCUUUGUUCCAAAAAGUUUGUUUCUGCAUCUUCAGACCUCUGGCUGGUAGCUGAAGAGCUGUCAGACUCCACAACAUUUAAAGCACACAGUAAUUUCAUAACCCUCUUCUAGGUAUAGCUGCAAUUUAGUAAGGCAACGAGAAAUCUGAAAACAUGGCUGGAAAACCCAAACUGCACUACACUAAAGGAAGAGGGAAAAUGGAAUCUAUCCGAUGGCUGCUAGCAGCUGCUGGGGUUGAGUUUGAAGAACAGUUUGUGGAAACAAAAGAAGACUUGGAAAAGUUACGUAAGGACGGACAUCUCCUGUUUCAACAAGUGCCCAUGGUGGAAAUCGAUGGGAUGAAGAUGGUGCAGACCAGAGCCAUUCUCAGCUACAUAGCAGGGAAAUACAACCUCUAUGGGAAGGACCUCAAGGACAGAGCACUGAUUGAUAUGUAUGUGGAAGGAACAACAGAUCUAAUGGGAAUGAUCAUGUAUCUUGCCUUCCAACCACCUGACGCAAAGGAGAAGAAUUUAGCCUUAAUCAUCGAGAGAGCUACCACCAGAUACUUCCCAGUCUAUGAAAAGGUUUUAAAAGAUCAUGGUCAGGAGUUUCUUGUGGGUAACCAUGUUAGCUGGGCGGAUGUCCAUCUGCUUGAAGCCAUUUUAAUGGCAGAAGAGUGCAAGCCUGAUAUACUCUCCCCAUUCCCUCAGUUAAAGGCUUUUAAAGGAAGAAUAAGCAACAUCCCCACAAUUAAGAAAUUCUUGCAGCCUGGUAGCCAAAGGAAACCACCAGCAGACGACAAGUUCAUUGCAGAGGUGAAGAAAAUAUUCAACAUCUAAUCACUAUAUCGGCACUAAAAAUCACUGCAACUACAAUAUAUUAGCUCAGCUAUCGUUAAUAUAGCUGUAAAUGUUGCAUUUACAUUUAAGAGUUGGAUUAGAUUAUAAUGGGCUCUUCUGUCUUUAAUCCAUAAAACUGAAUUUUGAAAGUUUAUAGAAAGACAUGUUAAUUGCUAGCAUGCAGAAACACAACGCUUCACAAUUGUCACUAUAGUGGUUAUAACUAGAUUAUAGUUAUAUGUAUUGUAGACAAAAGUAAUUGGAAGAUAAGUUUAUUGAAAUAAAACACGCAUUACUUUC